CUAACGUUUACGGAAUGGGUGAUAUUAAAUUAUUGUAAUUUGUUUUAUAUUUGCAUGUGAUUUACAUAACAGCUUUUUGUUAUUAGCAUACCUUUUCCGAUUUCCCGAUAUAAUCACUAUAUCCUCUUUCUAAUAAAUGAGUUAGAAAGGAUGAAACAAAAAUAUUAAAUAACAUAAAAAAUGUAUACCACUGCAGUAGAAGCGCCCCCGUUUCAAAACUACAUCAUGGCUGAAAUGAAGGUUGGAUUAAAACGAGCGUAUUCGGCUAGCAUGGAGGACUGCAGGAAAAGACAUCAGACAGGCACUAAAGUUUCGAAAAUUGCCCACUUAUUUCAAGGUAUGCCGUCGAGGGACGAGGAAGACAUGCGCGGCGCCGAGAUGACGGUCGUCCGGACCGAGAGCCAUCUGUCGCGGUUCAAUACCGCGCGAGCUCUUUUUGAAAAACUGGGCGAAGAGAACCGCGGCUUCCGCAUCGAGAAGUCGCCAUCGGCCGCAGCCAGUUUUGCUGGCACGCGAAGCGGAGCACCCUCAGUGCCCUCGCGCUCACGCUCCAGCUCCGCGGGCUCCGUCAGCCCGCCGCGGCGCACCAUCACGCCUUCGCCCGGCGCGCCUCCCGCCCUCAACGGCGACCGCCUCGCCAACGGCUCCUCGCAGCCCGUACCCCCGCCGAAACCGACCAAGCCCAGCGUUUUGCCAAAACCGGAGAAGCCUGAUAGACGCUUCAAUAAAGAACUCAUUGAGAAACAAAGAAACUGGACUUCUCAUUUUAGUAAACCGCGUCCGUCGUCGCGGUAUGAGACACAUGAACCUAGUGCGCGAGUGGACUCUAAAUAUCCUAGUGGUGUACCGGAAACAAAGUCACCGGAAGUUGCCGAAAGAAGUGUUAUUCCCUCUCGUGUAUACUCGCCCCCUCUAUCGCCAUCAUGCAGCGGGGAGUCUCAAGCGGAACGUCCUACUACUCUCCCUUCUAGUUUAGUUCAUAGAGGUGCGUCAGGUGUAAAAUCUCCUAGUCCUGUGAAAACGAUUGCGCCCGCGUCGCCAUCUACUAUACCCAAUAAUAUAAUGUCUCCCACCUUUAGAUCAGAUGUAAGAAGUGAUAAUUUAAGUUAUGUCUCUAAAGAAAGUGCUGACGCCGGUUCUCAGCAAAAAUGUUCGUCUGAAAUUGUUUAUCCUAAAACUCGGUCCACGCGAACUUCAGUAUCUGCCAGUGAUGAGGCUAUCGCGGAGAAGGAUUCCGCGUCAGACAGAAGUCCUAGUUUGCAAUCUUCGGAUUCGUCAUCGAGGUCCGCCGAGAGAUCGUCCCACUCGCCUUCGAAAUCCGCCGAUAGAUCAUCCCACUCGCCUUCGAAAUCCGCCGAUAGAUCAUCCCAUUCACCCGUCUCUCCGUCUACAAGCCCUGUCGCAGUAGCCCCGGCUUAUUCUCCUAGGUAUCCAAAAUCUCCCCCUUCACCACCCAUUCGAUCUCCGAAAUCACCUCCUCCGCCACACGAAAAUGCUAAAAUCACAGCGAGUGAUCUAACAGAAAAUCGAGUAUCCGAAGAAAGAGAAGAAUUUAAACAGGAAGAUAGAACUGACGGAGAAGUUCCUGAUAUCAUAUCACGAGCGCCGCCUUUGCCGAGCCCUAGAUUACCGGUUACUCCUCCCCCUCAAGAAGACGAUGAAAAGCUAAAGUAUGAAAGAGACUCGACCGCUCCACAAAGUCCGGAACCCUACGAUAGUGUAGCAGAUUCACCAAAGUUACUUAAUAAAAGCCUGGACGAGGAUGGUUACGAGCAAAUAGAGUACAGUGAGGAGAGGGACGAGAAGAGCAACCGGCGCUCGUCGACGCCGGAGUCUCCGGCGGGCGCUCCCCCCGCGACCGCGCCGCGCUCCCCGCUGGCGUCACCGCUCGCCUCGCCGGUGCAUCGGGAGUACUCCUCGCCCACCGUGUUGUCUUCACCCGUACCCCCGGUCGGAGAUCGCAAGUCAUCGGAGGCGGAGGAGAGCGGGCGGCGGGGCGGGUCGCGCGCAUCCAGCGUGUCGGACGAGGGCGGCUUCAACGAGCCCUCGCCGGAGGUGGUGGCGCGCCUGCGCCCCGCCGACUACCGCGAGCCGCCCGCGCCCGCGCCGCUCACGCAAGACCACCGCGACGCCGAGCGCGCGCGCUCCGACCCCGACACGCUGUCCGUCCUGCAGCAGGAUUCGGGAGUAGUAGUGAGUGAAGCUAGUCAAGGCUCCAUAGAGGUGCUCGACAAAUCGACCACUAGCCAAUGGAGCGUAUCGGAAGCGGAGCCUUCGGGUGACCGCGUGGCUGAAGCGGGCGCGGAGGCGGAGGCGGACGGCCGCUGGGACGAUCCCGACGCGGGCAAGCAGCCCGACAGCAUGACGCCCGACGAGGCUGAAAUCUUGCUUAGCUCUAGUAUUCUGGAGAAAAAACUUAGACAAGAGGCGCUGCUGUCGGACGAGCAGGCGCAGGAGAUCGUGGCGAUGCUGUCGCCGCAUCCGCCGCAGGACAACGGCGUCUCGCUCAACGACAGCUACCAGUCCGUGCUCUCCUACGAGAGCAUGCAGUCAGUGGACGAAAGCUACGAGUUCGUGUCGCUAGAGGGCGAGGCGGCCUUAGCCGGCGGCGACCGCAAGACCUCCCCGCCGGAGCCCACCGUGUUCGACCACUACCCGCCGCAGGCGCUGCGCGAGCUGGCCGAGGAGAACGGCAUACACUACUUCGAGGACGGACACUUUUAUACAGAGGUGGCUGGUCUUCCGCCUAUCGAAGAAGAUGAGGACGAUGAAUAUUACACAUCGCCUGUAUUCGUUAAGAUGAAUAGAAAAGUUAAAUUCAGUACGAACCCGAUGCAAGUGUUCUCCACGCACUCUGUGCGCGAGUACGACCGCCGCAACGAGGACGUGGACCCGGUGGCCGCGUCCGCCGAGUACGAGCUCGAGAAGCGAGUCGAGAAGAUGCACGUGUUCCCGGUCGACUUGCUGAAGGGGGCCGACGGGCUGGGCCUCUCAAUCAUUGGAAUGGGUGUCGGCGCCGAUGCGGGCUUAGAAAAAUUGGGCAUAUUCGUUAAAACUAUCACUGAGAGCGGAGCCGCCGCGCGCGACGGACGCAUACAAGUCAACGACCAGAUCAUCGAGGUCGAUGGCAAGAGUCUGGUAGGUGUGACUCAAGCCUACGCCGCGUCAGUGCUACGAAACACGUCCGGACCAGUGAAGUUCCUCAUAGGUCGCGAGAAGGACCCUGAAAACAGCGAAGUGGCCCAUCUCAUACGGCAAUCUUUAGCAGCCGAUAAAGAGAGGGAGGACAGGGCGGUGCGCGAGCGCUUGCGGCGCGCGGCGCCGGAGCGCGCGUCGCCGCCGCCCGCGCCGCCCGCCGAGCCCGCCACCAACAUCCCCGAGGUGGCCGAUCUGCGCGCUCUGCUGCAAGAGGUGGUGGGCAUGGAGGCGGGCGGCGCGGCGGCGGCGGAGGUGGCGGCGCGCGUGCGCGAGGGGUGCGCGGCGCGCGCGCCCCACGCCGGCGACCUGGCGCGCGCCGCCGACGCCGCGCAGCGCGCGCAGCGCAAGUACGACAAGGCCCGGCGCGCGCUCCGCGAGUGGCGACGCACUCGCGCCAUGGUGCGCGCGCGCGAGGAGUGGUGGAGCAGCAACGCGCGCGACGCGCACCGCGAGUACGCCUGCGCGCUGUCCGCGCUGCACGAGCGCGUCGCGCGGCUCGAGGUGCUGCUGCUGGAAACGCAGAAGAAAGCCGGACUACCGGUGAUGCUGCCGCACGAGCCGUCCGCGCGCCGCGAGACGCCGCCACUACCGCGCCGGCCCGACCCCGAUCCUCUGCUCAUCAACGACCCCUGGAGCUCCGACAGCGACCUGUCCGACUUGUCGCCCAUAGAGGACGAGUACGCCAAGGUGGACAAGUCCGCGCGGCGCGAGCGCGAGGCGCGCGAGCGGGAAGCGCCGGACAUCGGUGACGUCACCGUGUCCGAACCCGAGCCUAAGGUGGUGGAUGCUCGGCCGGUGAACAGCGUGGCCGGGACAGUGCAGGCUGUGGUGGCGCCCGUGCCGAUCUACGCCACGCCGCCGCACACGCCGCACGUGACGCCGCCCGCGCACCACGCCGCGCCCGUCACCACCGCGGACACCACCACCGCGACAGCAGCGGCGCCGGUGGCGACGGCGUCCCGCGAGCUGGACGCGGCCGUGCCGCGCGGCGGGCCGCUGCUGGACACGUCGGCGCACCGCGCGCGCACCGACCUGGCGCGCCACCGCCACCACGCGCCGCAGUCGCCGCACUCGCUCAGCAACGCCAGCUCCUAUGACGGAUUAGACGACUCUUACAACGACUCCGCGGACGAAUCUCUAAGCGAAUCCACAUCGGGAGCGCCUACCCACACAGGAGCACCCUCUCGAGAGAGGCAAAGCUGCGGUAGCUCUGUGGGGAGCGCGACUGACGACGCGGUAUAUUCAAGAGACCAUCGGCAUCACCAACUUACAGGUCCGGCGGCGUCGCUGGCGGAGCAGCUGAAGCAGGUGCUGGCGGAGCGCGAGCGGCGGCUCGCCACGGCGGGGCCCGCGCCGCCGCCCGACCCCGUGCAGCUCACCAACGACCUCGUCGACGAGAUCCGCCAGGCCGUCAGCGAGGCCAACGCCAGAGUGAAGAAAGCUCCGGCUUGCGUAGUCGGCGGCGAGGUGCCGUGGCAGCCGCUGUCCAGCGCCGUGUCCGAAGCGAGCCUGUCGCCCGCGCCGCUCUCGCCGCACCCCGUCACGCACUGGAGCAAGCAGCAGGUAUGGCAGUGGGUAUCGGGCCUCGGCGAGGGUCUGGAGCGGCACGCGAGCGCGUUCGCGGCGCGCGGCGUGGACGGCGCGCUGCUGCUGGCGCUCAGCUCCGCCGACCUGAAGCUGCUCGGGCUCGGCGGCGACGACCGCCGCCGCAUGAAGCGCCGCCUCAAGGAGCUUCGCCAGGCGCACGAGAAACACCUCAAGGCCCUCAAGAAGGCGGAGAAGAAGGCCAAGAAGAAAUAGGCCAGUCGUCCAGGGUCAGUCGCGUACACGCUUUAACACUCUUCUUCUGUAAGGGCUCAUUUAGACGAUGCGAGAACUCGUAUGCUAGUUUCAUUACAUUGCGGUUUUUGAUCGGUCAGUUGAAUUCGUCGUAACCAACAGUCAGCCAUGUAUCUAAAAUCGCGUGCGAGUACGCGCGCCGUCUAAAUCAGCCCUAACGGUCGCAUUUAUUGCGUGGCACACUAGGUAUUGUAUUUGUCUCGUUCUCACGUGGAUGCUUUAUCUUUGUGAUUGUAAUAAUGUGACUGUAAUAAGCCAUCUGUUAUAUUAAAGCCACUAAUAUAAGUUACUUGAGCAGUAUUUAAUCUUACGUUGAAAGUAAGAUCUAUUCACUUGAUUAAAAUAGGAAUUACGUCGUUGUAACUUAUAAAAGUGGUUCUAGACGUCGUAUAUUUCUAGACGGUAGACGUUUUAUAUUUUCUCUCUUCUAAUCAAUUGGUUUCUUCAAUUAAAAUUUAUAAAUGAAGAAGAAUUAUAUAUAAUAAAUAGCACCCGAUAACAUCAUAAAAACAACAACGCCAAAUGUAAUUCUUCUUUAGACCUAUUUACUGUAUCAUUUUCUUCUACUGAACUAAUUUAUUCUGGGAACUGUGCGACUGGCUCUGAAGACUGGCGGGUCGGGGUGAAGCAAAAGCUGUGUCCGAUAGCGUAGAGAGUGCCAUCUGACUUAUAGCUUAGUGUUUAGUGACGGUAGGGUAGAGUCGAUCGAAGAAAUACUAAUAAUCGAAAUUUAGAUGUAAGUGAAUAUGGAACAGGACAAGUAGAAAGCAUUUAUCUAGACUAUCUAACCUAUCUAAUCUCUGUAUGUUUUUAUUCAAAGUCAGUUCUUUCCUACAACUUAUUUCUUUUAUCGUUCCUACGCGGUAUUAUUUGUGUCAGUUUUCUUCAAGUUUGAUGUGAAGUAUGGACUGCUGGAAAUCACUGGCUCAAUCUAGUCAUAAGAUCAAUCGUAAGCUGCUCGAAAGUCUGCAAAUUUUCUUCUAAGAUUUUUGAAAUACAUGUAUAAGAUAAACUAUGUAAUGUUCAAUUUGUAUCUAUUCAUGAAUUGUCAAUAAAAUUGUAUAUUAUCGCAGUAACAACUAUCGGUUUGUAAUUCCUAAUCUUUGCAAGGUUCUAUUUUUCAGACAGAAACUGGUUAUUUUCGAAAUGAAUUUGAAAAUAAAUAACUUUGCACAAAAUGUACUUAGUAUUGUAUAGCGACUGGUCGUUAGAGCGACGUUGCUACUGUGUUAGUAAGAUAUUUAAAUUACAUAGCAUACAUUUGACAUUCAUCGAGCAUGUGAUCUCAUCUCAUUAAAGUUGUUACUUAUGUAUUUCAACCACACUGCAUUUUUUUAUUCAUUGCGCAAUCAAAUAAAAUGUAUAUCUUAUGAAAUCGUAAUGAUGAUUAUUAUAACUUAUAUUCAUUGAAAUAUAUACAUUCCAGUGAAAUUCUCUCUUGAUAUUUCUGUACGAGUUAUCAAAUAUAAGUCUGGCUUUAUAGUUUUCUUAGGCAAGUUAAAUGGCUGAGACUGCAUCCACUCACAAUAACUGUUUAUAGGAGCUUGUACAAAUGUGAAGGACUUGCCCGCAGUGAGGGAGUAGCCUCGGCCACAUAGUGUAUUCAAUUAUUAACGUGUGUAUGUUCGGUUCUGUAGCCACCUGUAUCGUUCGUGUACAUAAGCCGGGCGCGAGCACGGCGACUGGCGGCGUGCUGCAUAACUCUGUAUGACUGAAUGUACAUUGUGCAUUUAGGAUAUUUAUUUUAAUUAAGAAAUAACGAAUAAUGUAAGUAGGAAGUCCAUUAACAAUUGCCAAAAUUGAUCAGUACUGUUUAUAAUUGUUGAUUUUGUUAAUUUAAAUUUUCCUUAAAUUAUUUAAUAUUUAUUUUGGGACCAAAUUAAUUUAUUGUGUCUUACAGUUUAUUAUUUAUGUACUUGGGUGUGCGGUUGGGAGAGAUUUUUUUUUAUUUAUAAUUAAAUAAACAAACCAAAGUCUACAUCAUAUUGUUUUUUACUAUCAAUUAUGAUCAAUGUGAACAUCAUGUACAUUUCCUAAAAUGAUGGUGAAAAUAUAGUCUGCAGUGGUAA